CCUGGUUUGAUGAUGUUUUCCGGAAGCUGUGUUAUGUCAAUAUGCUGUCCUGUUAAAAAUGGUGCUGUUUGUGAGGCUUUCCACAAAAGACUGGUAGCUGUAACAACCUUCUGUUUAUAUGCCAUGCGGACAUUAACAUUAAUGUAAUGUUACGACGUGCGGCAGUGUAACCGGAGAGCCUGGCCGAGCUCAAGCAUUUAGAGGACGACUCUCGACUUAGAAAAAUGCCAUCGAGAAAUCAUCUUGAGAAAAUUGGGAGGAAAAAGAAGAAAAAAUGGACAGAGGAGGCCAUGGAGCGUGCACUGAUUGAAGUGAAGUCUGGAAGGUGUACAGUGAGGCAGGCUGCUAAGGACUUUGGUGUUCCUAAAUCAUCACUGGGGGACAGAGUUAGUGGGCGGGUGAGACCGGGGAGUCGGAGCGGGCCUGCUCAGCUUAUUACAUCCGCUGAUGAGGAGCUGCUGGUAGAAUUCUCCUUGUACAUGUCCAAGCAUGGCUUUCCACUUACAAAGCAACAGCUGGUGUCCUUUGCUUCAUCAAUCUACAAGCGGCAGCACCGGAGGGUUGCAUUUUCAAAACUGGGCCAGACAUGGUGGCUCAAUUUUAGGAAACGGCAAGAAAAGAAUAUUAGCAUUCAGCCAUCGGAUAAUGUUGUCCGUGGGAGGACAGCAUGUGUGAGGAAGGAAGCAGUGGAUCAGUUUUUCCACUUAAUGAGUGCCAUCAUGGAUGCUCACGGGCUGAGAGAGAAGCCUUACCAAAUCUUCACAUGCCAUGAUAUGGGCUUUCAGCUGGGCAGGAAGAGAGCAAUUCUCACCAAACAUUGUAGUCUGGGCUACAAGCCGACAUCAGGCUUGAGGGACCACAUCUCUAUCCUGGCUUGUUUUAGUGCGGCUGGAGAUGAUAUUCCCCCAUUUAUUAUUUACUCCAAGGCCUAUCCAGGGGGAGUGUGCUACAAGACACAAGGGCCCCCCAAGGCCCUCUAUGGUUGGUCAGACUCUGGUUGUAUCAACUCUGACCUCUUCAAGAAGUGGUUCCUCAAACACUUCCUCAGGCAUGCACCAAAGGAACGGCCACUGCUGCUGAUUUUUGAUGGCCACAAGUCACCUGUCAGUCUAGAGGUGGUGGAAGCGGCUCGUAACCAGGGCGUUAUCCUUCUCUGUCUUCCGCCUCAUUGUUCUCACAUCCUGCAGCCACUUGAUGUGGGUCUGUUUGCUCUCCUGAAGCUGCGUUUCACAGCGCUCGUAAGUGAUGGCUGUACUGCUGAAACUCUCUUUGGAGUCAGCAAAAAAGAAUUCUCUGGUGUAUUUAAGGAGACUUACCAGGUAGCAAAGGAGCAGGAGGGUGUUGGAGUUGUCAAGGAAGGUUUCAGGAAAUGUGGGCUCUACCCACUGAACUAUUUCACCAACAAAGAGACUCUGGUGGCUUCACACAAUAUGGUUCCCAUAGCAGGACCCUCCUUGUCCUUAUCACCUCUAAAAGGCCGUGCUGUAGUGACACCCAAUACUGGUGGACCUUCUGAGCUCAAUGCGUCCUGACGAUCACUGUUUUCUGUACCUCAGGCCAAGGAAAUACUGACCCCAUAUAGUUUAACAAGACAUGAAUGAACAGAAAGCAGUUUUGCCUUUGUGUUUGAACAGCUUGUAGCUCCUCCAGCUUUCCUCAGAGUACUCUAUUUCUCAGGUGAAGUGGGUGUGUCAGUGUUAUUGACUCAGAAACACUGAGCUCAGCUUUUACAUUGGAUUUGCUUGGGUUGAAUGUGGUGAAACAUUAAUAUCAAUUAGGUAGCAGACAUUUAACAUUUGCUGUCACAUUUCUAUUAGUUCAAAAGAUGGCGUUUACUGAGUGGGUUUAUGUAAUAAUUUGUUACCCCCAGCAAGGAGGUAAUGUUUUCACUGUUGUUUGUCUGUUAUCAGGAUAACACAA